GGUAUUCACUCAACAAAAAUCAAACAAGUCUUCCUCAGCCUCGCCGCCUUCCUCGCUCUGCAUUCUCAGUUUCUCACUCGCACUUCCUCCGUCUCCGCCUUGACUCCGUCGCUUUCCGCGCAGCCGUACGCGAGUCUCGCUGAUCCAGUCGCCGAAGCUCGCUGGUGCUCUGGUCGAGGGAGCAUCGCUCUCCUCCCCUGCUCUGCUCCGCCGUUACGUCGUUCAGGGUAGGUUGGCGCUACUGGUUCAUUUGUUUGAGAGCAUGCAUCCUCCUUUAACGUUACACAAGCACCCGAUGUGUGCUGAAAUUAUUGAGCAGUUCCAAAAGUGUCAUGUGGAGCACCCUGUUGGAAAAUUCUUUGGUGAAUGUACAGAUUUGAAAAUAAAGCUGGAUCGCUGUUUUAGACAAGAAAAAGCUUUGAAGCGAAAGGCCAACUUUGAAGAGAGCAAGAAGUUUAAAGAACAACUCCGAGCUUUUAGGAAAGAAAAUGCUGCAAGUGGCAGUCAAUAGAACAAAUAACUUCGUACCAGCUUGAUAUAAUAUACAUUUUGCCGCCUUCAAAAGAAUAUAUGGUGUAUCAAAUAUUUGUUUACUUGCUGUUUUUGAUGAAUCAAUAUGUGUAUGUAGCUCAAUUAUUUUAACUUUGAACAUGAGCAAAACAUCCUGUUUAGAUUCUACCCAAGAGUUCAAAGUUCUAUUAGGAUAAUGAAUUGAGAAGUUAUAGUGCCUAUUCUUGGCAUGUUAUAUGUUGCUUAUGACAAUUGAUUUUGACUUCUUAGUUGCCUUAAGAGAAUAUAUAAUAAUAAAUUAUAAAAGAGA